GCCAGAGGAGGAGGCAGAAAAGAAACGCCGCGGAGAAGGAGGGAGCCGGGGAGGAGGGAGAGGUUUGGUGGAAGGGUCGAAGCGGGACCUGGUUUCACUUCGCCGUCCUCCACUCUGGGAUAACUCGGACUCCCUCAGCCCGGAUGCUGUAGCUCAAAGCCGGUGGAUCUGUCUUUUCCUCUGCCGCCGCUCGACUGGCGUGCAGACAUGGGCCCCAGGAUGGCUUUGUGCUUGGCCCUCACCUUGGCUCAGGUGAUUCUUGGUGUGACCGGUCAAGAAGACACCAAAAACGAAAUGUGCAUCGAUAACGGAAACGCCUACGCCGACCUGGAGACGUGGAGUCCGGAGCCGUGUAAGCUGUGUUACUGCGAUAAAGGGACGCCCAUAUGUAAGGACGUGGUCUGUGAGGAGCUCAGGGACUGUGAGAACACGGUGGUACCGGACGGCGAGUGCUGCCCCGUGUGCACGACUGGUGCACCUCCGACCAGCGUGGAGCCAACUGGAGGAACAGACGGGACAGACGAGGAAAGCUGCACCGUCGACGGAGAGGUCUUUGCUCACAGCGACAUCUGGAAGCCGUCGCCGUGCCGCGUUUGCGUCUGCGACCACGGCGUGGCGAUCUGCGACGAGAUUCAGUGCGAACAGGUGUUGAACUGCGAGAAGGUCGUCACCCCGGAGGGCGAGUGCUGCCCCGUGUGCGAGAACUUUGCCAGCGCGAGCAGGAGGAUCGAAUUCAUGGGUUUCAAGGGUCAAAAGGGAGAACCAGGUGAUAUUCCAUAUGUGGAGGGGAACCCUGGAUCUCCAGGACCUCAGGGUCCUCCAGGAUCUCAGGGACACCCCGGACCAAGAGGUUUUAAGGGCAGACGGGGAUUUCAAGGACCCCCUGGUUUUGAUGGAGAGCCUGGUGUGCCAGGAAAUCCAGGAAGGCCAGGAUCCCCUGGUGAACACGCACCUCCCGGGGGAAACAUCGCAGUGCAGAUGGUGUCCGGCUUCAGUGAGAAGUCCGGUCCAGUUGGGAUGCUAACAGACACUAGAGGGGAGGCGGGACCGAGAGGUCCUCCAGGCACACCUGGUUCACCUGGUCCAACCGGCGGUCAAGGAAUUCCUGGAGAAGCUGGUGAACCUGGACCAAUGGGGGAACCGGGCCAUCGAGGACCUGAUGGCGCACCAGGAAAACCUGGACGGGAUGGAGAGCCUGGACCUGACGGUGCUCCAGGAGAAGCAGGAUUUCCCGGAUCCCAGGGUCCUAGAGGCUUUCCAGGACUUCCAGGCAAUCGAGGACUAAAAGGCCCUAAGGGAACUGCUGGACCACCAGGGCCAAAGGGUGAACUUGGAGAGGUCGGAAGGAAGGGUAAAUCUGGCGCUCCUGGGACAAUGGGCGCCCCUGGUGCUCAGGGACCUCCUGGGUUGCAGGGAGAAAGAGGGAGAAUUGGACCAACUGGUCCCGUGGGUAAACAAGGGACACCCGGUGACCCUGGUAAACCAGGCCCAAUGGGUCCAAUUGGAAUCCCGGGUCUACCAGGAUAUCCCGGCAAACCCGGAAUGAAGGGUGAACCAGGACCUACUGGGGCCAGAGGAAUUCUCGGACCACAGGGACCUCGGGGUGAUGCUGGACGGGUCGGACCGUCUGGACCAACAGGGCAGCGAGGUGCCGCGGGGCCUGAUGGAUCUCCAGGUGCUCGUGGGUCAUCGGGUAUCGCAGGUAUCCAGGGUCCACCAGGAUUGAUUGGCGCAGCAGGUCUUCCUGGUCCUCAAGGAUCCACUGGAGCACCGGGAGCUAAAGGGCAAUUGGGCGAAGGCGGAGUUCCUGGACUGAAGGGAGAACCUGGAAUGAAGGGAGAACGAGGGGAGCAUGGUACUCCUGGUCCAAUAGGUCCCAUGGGAGAAGAUGGCAAGCGAGGUCCCAGAGGUGACGCUGGAUCCAUCGGACCUCAAGGACCAGCUGGAGAGACUGGAGCGCCAGGAAAUCGAGGAUUCCCCGGCUCUGAUGGAUUACCGGGCCAAAAGGGAGCCCAGGGGGAAAGAGGUCCUCCAGGAGUUGGUGGUGCCAAAGGUUUGUCUGGAGACCCAGGACGCAACGGAGAGCCAGGUCUCACUGGAGCUCGGGGUCUGGCAGGCCCAAUUGGUGCUCAGGGAGCUGAGGGAGGACUAGGACCAAUGGGUUUGGCAGGAGAAGAUGGUAAACCGGGCCCAGCCGGUGCUGCUGGAACCAGAGGUUCUGUUGGAACAAUGGGCCUACCAGGACCAAAGGGUUUUGCGGGUGACGCCGGAAAGGCUGGAGAAGCUGGAAGUCCAGGAACUCCGGGUCAAAGGGGGGCAAAUGGAAAAGACGGAGAGGAAGGCGCCGCUGGUCCACCUGGCCCCGCUGGCCUGGCGGGAAAGAGAGGCGAGCAGGGACCUCAAGGAAUCAGUGGUUUCCAGGGCUUGCCUGGACCCCCGGGACCCCCUGGAGAGUCAGGAAAACCUGGCGACCAGGGUCUUGCUGGAGAAGCUGGUGCUGUAGGGACCACUGGUCCAAGAGGAGAAAGAGGGCCGUCGGGGGAACGAGGUGAAACUGGACCCAGUGGACUGCAGGGACCCAAAGGGAGUCCAGGAGGACCAGGACCAGAUGGCCAAAAGGGUAACCCAGGCCCCAAGGGAGCUGAUGGAGAGCCAGGUGGACCGGGGCUUAUGGGGAUGUCAGGGGAAAGAGGCAUAUCGGGACCCUCGGGACCAAAGGGAGAUGCCGGUUCUGUUGGAGAAAAAGGACCUGAAGGAAAAGCAGGUGCUGAUGGUCCAAGGGGUCUUCCUGGUUCUGUUGGUCCUAUUGGUCCCGGGGGACCAAAUGGAGAUAAGGGGGAACCAGGUCCACCGGGUCCUACAGGUCGUCGAGGCACAAGAGGAGUUCCUGGUUCUACUGGUGACCCGGGUCCAAUUGGUCCAGCUGGCUUUCCUGGACCUCCUGGUCCGGAUGGUCAGCCUGGUGUCAAAGGUGAAACAGGAGAGCCUGGUCUAAAGGGAGAAGCAGGAGCACCUGGACCACAGGGCAUGGCUGGCAAACCGGGCACUCAGGGACCUGUUGGUGUGACAGGGCUCAAAGGGGGCAGAGGAACUCAGGGUCAAGCGGGAUCUCCUGGUUUUCCCGGGUUGCCUGGUGGAGUUGGACCACCUGGUGCUCUUGGCGCUGCUGGUGCUGCAGGACCACUUGGUGAACCAGGGAAACGGGGCCCACCUGGUGUUCGAGGAGAAAAUGGAGCUCCGGGGCGUAAGGGGGAGAGUGGGACUCCAGGUUUACCGGGUAGUCCUGGAGAAAAAGCAGAGUCUGGAGAAGAUGGACCUCCGGGUCCUGAUGGGCCUCCGGGCCCUCCUGGAGCCUCAGGACAGCGUGGAGUUGUAGGUCAACCUGGACCCAGAGGGGAGAAAGGUCUGGUGGGACUUCCUGGUCCUGCUGGUCCUCCAGGGAAACCAGGAACUCCUGGAACAUCAGGGGGUAAGGGCCCAGCCGGUGGAGUCGGCUUACCUGGAGCUACUGGACCAAGAGGAGAUGCCGGCCCCGAGGGUAUUGCUGGUGCAGACGGGCCUCCUGGUAAAGACGGUCUCGUAGGGGAAAGGGGAGAAAGAGGGAAUCCUGGCCAAGAGGGUGUACCAGGUGGUCCAGGAUCUGCAGGUAACGAGGGACCAGUGGGAACUACCGGCGGUCCAGGUUCAAGAGGAGAAAAAGGUCCUAGAGGCCCUCCUGGACCCCAAGGACAACCGGGAGUUCGGGGCAAAGUGGGCCCGCAAGGACCACAGGGAGAGAAAGGAGGAGCUGGAGACCAAGGAGAAAGAGGCCAGAAAGGACAUAGAGGCUUUACUGGACUCCAAGGUCUUCCAGGAUCAACUGGAGCUGCAGGAGAUGAUGGACAAAAAGGAAUAGUUGGACCAGCUGGACUUCGGGGCCCUCCUGGAGUCACCGGUCCACCAGGAAAUGAGGGUAUUAUCGGACAAACUGGACCGAUGGGCCCUCCAGGGAGCAGAGGAAGCAGCGGAGACCUUGGAGAACAGGGUCCACCUGGUGAACCUGGACCUCCGGGCCCUCCUGGUCCUCCAGGACCACCCUCAGCAAGCGUGAACGACCUCUUCAGUCACUCAGUCGACUACGAGGGCAACCUUGUCGAUCCCGAAUCAGAAGCAAAUGUGGAAUACGAUCUGGCGGCCGAUCCUCCUGCAUCCCCAACAUUCAACAAAGAUGAGGCUCUGCCCAACAAGAACUCCGUAGUUCUGCACGCGGACACCGGCAUCAAGGUCACCUUGAAGGCUCUCAACGGAAACCUACAAGUUCUGCGCAGUCCGGACGGAACCAAGGAGAACCCUGCCAAAACUUGUCGUGACAUCAAACUGUGCUACCCUGAGAAGAAAAGCGGUGAGUACUGGUUGGAUCCAAAUCAAGGAAGCGCCAAAGAUGCCAUCAAGGUUUUCUGCAACAUGGAAACUGAUGAGACGUGCAUUCCCGCCAAUCCGGAUAUCGUUCCCGGCAAGGCCUGGUGGACGAAAUCCAGCCCCAGUCCAAACAAACCCAUGUGGUUCGGCGCGGACAUGAACGGCGGAACCAAAUUCCGCUACGGCAACAAAGAGGAGCAGCAAAACGCGGUGACGGUGCAGCUGAAGCUCCUGCAGCUUUUGUCCAAGGAGUCGCACCAGAACGUCACCUACCGCUGCAAGAACAGCGUCGGCGUCAAGGACGACAAGACCAGCAACUUCAAGAAGGCGUUGGUCCUUAGAGGCUACAACGGCCAAGAAAUCAGAGCGCACGGCAACAGCCGGUUGCGAUACACCGUCAUCGAGGAUGGUUGCUCGAAAUCAAGCGGACAAUGGGCCAAGACAGUGAUUGAAUACAGGACUCAAACGCCAACCAGGCUCCCCAUCGUGGACUUGGCCCCCAUGGACAUUGGAAAGGCAGAUCAAGAGUUCGGCCUGGACAUCGGGCCGGUUUGCUUUUCGUAAAAUUAGGGAGUAAAGAUCCAGAGUACAACAAUUACCGGUGAAAUUAGAUGUUUGCUCGCUGCCGGUUCUGUUCUAGAGCACAAGUUUUCCCGACCGUCGAGAACAAAGGAGUUUUCAUGGACUUUUGUCAACCGGACAAAACCACAACCGUUUUUGUACAAUGUUAUGUAUUAAAUAGAAGCUUUUUUUUUUUUUUUUUUUUUACCUCGAGGACAAAGCAGCGACCGUAGUUGUUAGUUUAUGAAAAACCAUCAAGCUUGAACCUAAAUUAUUACUGAAAUAAAAAGACCAUAAAACCUUGUAUCUUUUAACGCUUUAACUGUAAAUUAAAAACUGUAAAUUGAAUGUUUGUUUGUUUGUUUGUUGUGGAAUAAAUGUUUGUCUUGGGAACGACUCCUUCUACCCACAA